AUGACUAUCAACGACAACGCAGCCAGCAGUGGCACCGCAGCCUCCUCCAUCCCCAUCCCUACUGCUACACAGAAUGGCGAGUCCAACAACACAUUCCUCGUCAAGGCAGGUCUUGCUCAGAUGUUGAAAGGCGGUGUCAUUAUGGACGUCGUCAAUGCUGAACAAGCCCGCAUAGCCGAGGAAGCUGGUGCAUGCGCCGUCAUGGCCCUGGAGAGAGUCCCCGCAGAUAUCAGGAAGGAUGGUGGUGUUGCAAGAAUGAGCGAUCCCGAAUUGAUAAAAGGCAUUCAAGCGGCAGUCACAAUCCCUGUUAUGGCCAAAGCACGUAUUGGCCACUUUGUCGAAUGCCAGAUCCUCGAAGCACUAGGUGUGGACUACAUUGACGAGUCCGAAGUCCUCACACCAGCCGACGAUACCUACCACGUCGAGAAAAACAACUUCUCCGUACCAUUUGUGUGCGGCUGCCGUAACCUUGGCGAAGCCCUCCGGAGAAUAGCAGAAGGAGCAGCCAUGAUACGGACAAAGGGCGAGGCAGGAACCGGUGAUGUGGUCGAAGCAGUCAAGCACAUGCGAACAGUGAAGCGAGACAUCGCUCGUGCGCAGGCUGUGCUGGCGAAUGAAGGUGAAGUCGGUAUCAGGGCUUUGGCACGAGAGCUUGGUGCCGAUGCUACACUCCUCAAGCAGACAGCAGAACUUGGCCGAUUGCCUGUGGUAAAUUUCGCCGCUGGUGGUGUUGCAACACCUGCUGAUGCUGCAUUGAUGAUGCAGCUGGGCUGCGACGGUGUAUUUGUCGGCUCUGGUAUCUUCAAGUCUGGCAAUGCUGCUCAAAGAGCAAAGGCUAUUGUCACAGCAGUAACACAUUACAAGGAUGCUAAGGUAUUAGCUGAGUGCAGUGCUAACCUCGGCGAGGCAAUGGUUGGCAUAAAUUGUGGUAGCAUGGCACCUAGCGAGAAGAUGGCUGGGAGAGGUUGGUAG